AUGGCUGGGGAGAAAGGCAAGGAGAUGAAGAAAAAAGCCAUGGAGUGGAAAAAAUUGGCAGAAGAUGCUGCUUCUCGUUCUAGUGGUUCUUCUUCCGGAAAUUUUGAGAAUUUGAUCAGUCAACUGCAACAAUCCAAGACAUUACUAGACAUGAAAUUUUUUGAACUUUUGCACUUCCUUGCGGGUCAUAAUGAUGAUAUAAAAAAGGUUGUUCUUGAAAAUGCCCCUCAAAAUCUCAAACUCAAUGCUCCAGAUAUUCAAAAGGAUAUUUCAAAUGCUUUGGCAAGUGAGACUGCAAGCAUUAUUGUAAAUGACAUUGGACAUGGACUGUUUGUCAUUUUAUGUGAUGAAUCUCGUGAUGCAUCAACAAAGGAGCAAUUAGCAGUUUUUAUUCGUUACAUGGAUUCACAUGGGUAUGUGAUUGAGCGCUUUCUUGGCAUUCUACAUGUAAGAGAUACUACUGCUCUUUCACUUAAGAAAGCAAUUGAUGUUUUAUUUUCAAAGCAUGGUUUGAGCAUAUCACAAAUCCGUGGUCAAGGUUAUGAUGGGCUAGUAACAUGCGAGGGGUUGCAAAAACAUGCCCAAAUCUCUUCUAUGUAUAAUACAUUGUCUACCUUAGUGCAUGUUCUUGAAGGUUCAUCUAAAAGACAAGAAAUUCUUAGAGAACAACACCUUAAGAAAGUCAUUGAUGAUCUAAUGACUGGAGAACUUUUGGUUCUUAUGUAUGAUUCUGUAAUAGAUCUUCUUUUGAUAAUUGAAAAUGAUGGUCUGGUGGAGCAAAGAGGUCAAGCAUAUGCACUUCUUAAUUCUUUGCAAUCCUUUGAAUUUGCAUUUAUUUUACACUUGAUAAAGAAAAUAAUGGGAAUAACAAAUGCAUUAUCUGAAGCAUUACAAAGGAAGGAUCAAGAUAUUGUGAAUGCUAUGGGUCUGGUCAAAGUUUCCAAGCAACAAUUACAAGCUACUAGGAAAGAUGGAUGGGAUUUUUUACUUGAUGAAGUUUAUUUACAACUCCAAGAACUCAACAAUCGUUUCAAUGAAGUCAAUAUGGAGUUGCUUCUUUGUAUGGCAUGCUUGAACCCAAGUGAUUCCUUUGCAGCAUUUGAUAAGAAAAAGUUGAUUCGUCUUGUAGAACAUUAUCCUUGUGAGUUUUCUAAGUUGGAUAUUCUUGCACUUGACACUGAAUUGGAUACUUAUAUUAAUGACUUGAAAUCAGCUAAGGAAUUUCUCGAUUUAAGAAAAAUUUCUGAUCUAGCUCAAAGCUACAGUAGAAAGGGCUUUUUCAGCUAUGAAUAUAGUGAAGAAUCGGUUACCAAAUAG